UUCUGCUGAAGUAGAGAUUGAGGCAAGCGGCAGCGGAUGGUGCUUAUGAUUUUUCAUCAGGAUGAGCUCGACCGUUUCCAGGUUUGUUGUGAAGAAGCUGUGUGAAAACGGAGGGUCUCUGGACUACCAGCGCCUCCACGAUGAGAUCAAACAGCACUUCACAGUGGCGGAGUCGGUUUUCCACGGCGUCCUCCGUGACGACGACAGGAUCGCCAUUCAAGAAGGCAGUCAGAAAGCGUUGAGAAAUCACAUCGUCAGCCCGGACAGUCUGAUCGUGGCCAAGACCCCCCUGCGCCUCUGCCAGAGACUCCCCAAGGAGUGUCCUGGGUGCGACAAGUUACACCUGUGCAGGUAUUUGGUUUGCGGCAGCUGCAGAUAUGGAGACAAAUGCAAAAAUUCCCACUGUUUGACCUCUCCAUGCAACAUAGCCCUGUUGAUGAGGUUUGGUCUUCAAGAACUGACUGAGAAGCAGCUGUUCCAGUUGUUACUGCAGAACGAUCCCUAUCUGCUCCCUGAGAUUUGCUCACAUUACAACAAGGGCAAUGGUGAGCAUGGCUCCUGUACCUACAAAACCUCUUGUACCAACCUUCACCUCUGCCAGCACUUUGUCCAGGGUGACUGCAAGUUUGGGCCUGCGUGUAAGAGGGCCCAUAAUAUCAGUGGUCAAAACUUGAAGAUCCUCAGUGGCAGAGGAAUCAGCCGUGACAACCUUGGAAUCAUCAACAAGAUCUACAGAAAUCGGUUUAUCAUCUUGGGUCAGCAGGAGAGACAGGCUCUUGCGGCUCCUGGUACAGUAUGGACACCCCCAGUGCCGACGGAGCGCACUCGCCAUCCUUCCAAAGGUUCCACUAGACCUGCUGAUGCCACCAAUCCCAUCAGUGAGGCAGACAGGAAUGAAAUCUGCCUCUACUUCAUUCGCAGAUCCUGCAGCUUCAGAGAGAAGUGUGUGCGUGUCCAUUACCACCUCCCUUACAGGUGGCAGGUUUUAGAGAGUGAUGGCGUGACCUGGAAGGAUUUGCCCAACAUGGAGGACAUUGAGGAGGCUUACUGUGACCCACGAAAAAACACAAACUGUACCGAUCAAUCGACCCUUACUCCACUGGCUUUAACAUUUCUGUCGCUACAACCAAGCCCUGCAUCCCAGUCCGUCAACUUCGUGACAAUGACAUAUGGAGGGCGUCCAGUUCGACGUCUGUCCACCGCCUCCUCUGGCUCUAAACCCCCUCACAUCAUGUUUACUACACAGUGGCUGUGGUACUGGAAGGAUGAGAAUGAGAAAUGGGUGGAGUAUGGGAAUCAGGGUGGUGGUGUGACACCUGCCUCUAUCACCUCUGAAACUCUGGAGAAUGUUUAUCUGGAAGAGAGACAGACAGAAAUUGCUUUUGGUGCUGGCAAACAAAAGUAUAUUCUGUAUUUCAAAAGCACACCGGGAUCUCAGCUGAUGUAUCAGCAAAAUAUACAAUACCAAACCAGAAGAGAGGUGAGAAGGAGACCUCGCUUUGUCUCUGCGCAGGAAGUGGAGAACAAGCUGAAAGGUGGCACAUCAUCAGACAGCUCUGGAUCCACCAUGGCAGAGGCUGUCCCAGCUCACUGGGACAAGAGCCCCAUGCUUGAUCUCUCAUACAGGCUGGUUCCUCUGUCCAAGUCUAUGAAGGACUACAUUAUGAUUGAGAAGUUAUUUAAGAGCACCAUGACCCAGAGUACCAUUACCAGCAUCGAGAGGAUCCAGAGCCCCUCACUGUGGCAACUCUUUCAAUGGCAGAAGGACAAGAUGAAGAAAAAGAAUGGAGGGAAACCUGUGAAUGAGCAGUACUUGUUCCAUGGGACGGAUGAGUCCUUGAUUGAGGCCAUUUGUGAACAAAACUUUGACUGGAGAGUCUGUGGUGUCCAUGGCACAGCCUACGGCAAAGGGAGCUACUUUGCCCGAGAUGCCUCCUACUCAGACAAAUAUGCCAGGGCCAAAGGCUGUGUGAACAAGAUAAUGUUUGUUGCUCUGGUCCUGGUUGGGGAGUCCACCAGGGGAAGCGGCAGCUAUGUCCGACCUCCCGCAAAAGGAGCCAACAGUGACUUGUACGACAGCUGUGUUGAUUCUGUGAGCAACCCCAGCAUCUUUGUCAUCUUUGACAAACUCCAGAUUUAUCCAGAGUACAUCAUCCGCUACUCAUGAAACCUGAUGCUGCUGUACCAUUAGUACUGUGAUGAUGUUAUUCAAGUAUAAAAAUGUUCUUGUAUGAUGGCUUUUACUUUGGGUGCUGGAUUUUGAUUGGAGGGGUGUGGUCUGUUGUUCUGUAGCUUUGUGCGAAGUCUCCUUUGGAAUAUAAUGGAAUUUCACCCUAAAAUGAAUGUGUGCACCAGUCGCAAUGAAUUAAUACAGGUAUGGUUAGAUUAGAAAUUUAACAUUCCAGUAUACAGUGUAAUUGUGCUAUUGUUGAUAUGGGUUGUUUGUCAUCAUGAUGUAUCCUGAUGGAUUUAUCAUGCUUGAAAAAGCUGUUGUUUUCUGCCUGUUUUGGCAUUGCAGAACCUGCAGAUAUUGACAAAAAUGGCCCAAAUCUUUGGCAGUCCUGAUGAUUGGUGUCUUAAGGGUAACUAAAGGCUUUAGAUCUGCUUUGAAAUCCAGUGGUUAUCAUGAAAUAAACAUAUUGA